AUGGAGACCAGGGUAAAGGAUGCUGUAUCAUCUUUAGAAAUUGGUACUGAUGAUGUUCGUGUAAUCGGUAUCAAGGGGAUGGGAGGUGGUGGGAAGACAACUUUGGCCAGAGUGGUUUUUGAUCAAAUAUCCUUUCGGUUUGAAGCUAAAAGCUUCGUUGAGAAUGUUAGGGAAAAUUCAAAUACUUCUUUGUCUGGUUUGAAAUCGUUGCAAAAUCAAGUCCUUAAAGAUGCCUUAUUUGAUCAAGGCAUCAAUGUGAGUAGUGUUCAUGAUGGGAAAAUCAUGAUGAAGAAGAAGAUGCGUAAUAAAAAGACUCUUCUUGUUCUAGAUGAUGUGGACCAUAUUGACCAGCUUGAGGCGUUAGCUGGUGAUCUUAAUUGGUUCAAGCCGGGAAGUAGAAUUAUCAUUACAACAAGAGAUGAGCAGGUGCUCGUGGCACACCGGGUGAAGUUGAUUCUUGAUGUCAAUUUGUUAUCAGAUGAGGAAGCGAUUUGCCUCUUCAGUAGGUAUGCAUUUGGGGGAGAGAUUCCAAUUCAAGGGUAUGAAGAGCUAUCGGAACAAGUUGUACGGUAUGCUGCUGGUCUUCCCUUAACGAUAAAAGUUUUGGGUUCAUUUCUUUGUGGUAAAAAUAAGAGUGAAUGGAUAGAUGCACUAGAAAGAUUAAAAACAAUUCCGUUAAAGGAAACUCUUCAAAUAUUAGAAUUAAGCUAUAACAAUCUGGAGGAAGAUUACAAAGAAAUAUUCCUAAAUGUUGCAUGCUUACUGAAAGGAUGGUUGAAAGACUUGGCAAUCGAAGCGCUUGAAAGUUGUGGAUUUCAUGCAACAAAUGGUUUAAGAGUUCUUGAGCAAAAAUCUCUCAUAACUAUUAAUCAUUAUAAGCGUGUGGGCAUGCAUGACCAUAUUGAAGAAAUGGGCAGAAAUAUUGUUCGUCGUUUGCACCCAGAUAAGCCUGAGAAACACAGCCGAUUGUGGAUUCAUGAUGAAAUUAAAGAUAUAUUGGCUAAUGACUUGGGUACUAAAGCAACAAGAUACAUAAUAUUCCAGUUAAGGGGAGGCAAUUUUGAAAUUGUUAUGAAGGGUCUUAGAAAGAUGAAGGAACUUAGAUUUCUUCACAUGUCUCAGGAUAUAAUGCAUGCUUUUUGUGGAGAAAGGAAAUAUGAUAAUGUCAGCCAAUACUUUCCAAAUGCUUUACAAUAUCUGCAUUGGUACCAGUACCCUUUCUGGUCUUUACCCAACACAUUUCAAGCUAAUAAUCUUGUUACACUUAAGAUGGAAUGGAGCAAUAUCAAACAACUUUGGGAAGGGGGAGAAAGAAAGGUUCUUAACAAGCUCAAGAUUCUUGACCUCAGUUAUUCAAAGUUGACGACCCUUGAUCUUGAGCUUAUUCCAAAUCUCGAGGUGUUGUCUCUAAAUGGAUGUCGUGACUUGGUACAACUUCACAUGCUCAAUGGAUGUCGAAAGCUCAAGUCAAUCGACCUUAGCAAUUCAAAGGUGAAGACAAUCGACCUUAGCAAUGCUUUGGUAGAACUUCGCUUACCAAAUGGAUGUCUAAAGCUCAUAUCUGUUAACCUCAGUGGUUCUAAAUUGAAGACCAUUGACCUUCAUUCAUGUGUGAAUCUUGAGCUUUUACAUCUUAAAGACUGCAACGCUUUGGUAGAACUUCACAUGCCUCGUAAAUGUCUGAAUCUCAGAUCCCUGACACUCACUAAUUCACAGUUGAGGACCCUAGACAUUGGGUGGACUCCGAAUCUGGAGGAUUUAGAUCUUAACUACUGUUAUGAUUUGAAAGACCUUCACAUGGCUGAUAAAUGUCUAAAGCUCACAUCCCUCAACAUUAGUCAUUCAAAGUUGAAAACCUUUGACCUUGGGUUGACUCCAAAUCUGAAGAAGUUAGAUCUAAAAGAAUGUAAGAAUCUGCUACAACUUCAUGUUCCCUUUGGAUGUCUAGAAAAUCUUGUCUACUUGGACUUAAGUGGCUGUUUGAGGUUUACAUCUUUUUUGUUUGACAAAAGGAAUGUUGCUUCUAGUAGAAGGGAUGAAUCACUUGAGAUUGGUCCUUUAGCUGAGUCACAUCUGAUUGCCAAGUCCCUUGAAAGAUGUCCACUUCACCCGGACAAUACUUUGCGACAGUUUCAGUUUGAAUGCUUUUACAUUGAUGAUCCCAAGGACCGUGUGACUAGAAAUCUUGAGAAGCUUAUUUCUGAAGGUCUGUGUGCUUGCACAAACCUUGAGGCACUUUCAGAAAGCAUUUGUGGGUUACGAUGUUUAAGAAAGCUUAAACUCGAAGCCUAUCCGGAGGCUCCCAAGGAACUUGACCACGAAGAAUGUCUAGAAGAGCUAAGUAUUUCUAUGACAAAUAUGAAACAUCUUCCGGAUAGCAUUUGUAUGUUGAAACAUCUGGAAGUUCUUCAACUUAAACAUUGUUGGAGUCUUGAGAAGUUACCUGAGGAUAUUGGCCGAUUAGAAUGUUUAAAAAAUCUGACUUUAUCAGAUACAAAGAUUAAACAUCUUCCUGAUAGCAUUUGUAUGUUGAAACAUCUGGUAUUUCUUGAGCUUCGUGAUUGUUCCUUUCUUGAGAAGUUGCCCGAGGAUCUUGGCCAACUAGAAUGUUUAGAGACGCUAUAUUUGUUGUAUGCAAAGAUUGAACAUCUUCCAGAUAGCAUCUGUAUGUUGAAACAUCUGAGAACACUCGCUCUUCAUUGUUCUUCACUUAAGACAUUACCAAAGGAUCUUGGCCAACUAGAAUGUUUAGAGACGCUAUAUCUGUCAUCCUCAGUGAUCAAGCAUCUUCCGGAUUCUAUUUGUAUGUUGAAAGAUUUGAAACAGCUCGAUCUGAUUCAUUGUUCAUCACUUGAGAAAUUACCAGAGGAUCUUGACCGAUUAGAAUGUUUACAGAGACUAUCCCUAAGGAGGUGCAAGCUUUUACGAGAUUUUCCAAUCAGCAUCUGUAAGAUAAAACGUUUAGAAAGUUUAGGGGUAGAAGGUACAUGCAUAAGCCAUCUUCCACAAGACAUUUGUUUUAUGAAAGGUCUGCGUAUUUCAGGGUCGAGAGGCCUUCUUGAAUCCUGUGGUUUUACAUCCGAGAUACAAACCGUCUCGUACGAAGAUACCUGCUUUGUAGAUGUGUGA